AUGCUGAGCAAUGCCUUGGACUCCUACGAGGCUAUUAUUAACUCGGAUCCUCAUUGCAUAAAGGCUAUUCAGGAACGAGGCACACGAUUGCACAAAGAAGUAAGAUGUCAGUGCUUACAGUCCAUAAAUGCUUUGCUGAACAACAAACCGCACAACACUCUGGCUAGGAUGCAGAAUAUAGAGGCUAAGAUAGCAAAAGUAUACGUUGGUCUAAAUCCCGUCCCUGAGCUUCUAGCCUAUAGUUCUUGUGAUAAGAGGACAGAUCUAUCAGCCGACAUGCAGAAAGCUGGAUUAAUUGCAAUGUAUAUGGGUAUAUCUGAGCUUCGAGCCGAACAGAAGGCCGUUAUUCAUGCGUCCCUAGCCGGAAAGUCUGCACUGGUGGACUUUCCCACGGGUUUUGGAAAGUCCGUAUGCUUUAUCCUGCCUGCCCUUCUGCAAACUUCUAUCACAGUCGUUAUUGUCCCAUUUGUAUCCAUUAUUGAGUCGCACCUGCACAGUUUUGCAUCUCUACACGCCAAUGCGCCAGACCUCUCGGCCAUACUUGGGUCUCAGCUGCCAAUCUCUAUCCACGACCUAGUUGGGUGCUUCAUAGGUAAAGAUAACAGGGCACGUUAUCUUAAAAAGGAGCUCCAUCCCUUUGCAAUGGACUAUAGGACCAUUCUAGAGCUCUGCAACAAGGAUUCCGAGCAUGGCAAAGGCUCACCUGUCACGGGUCUCUUCAACAAGCGUCUCAUCUACACAACACCGGAAUCGUUCCUGAUAUUACAUGACACUGUCUGGUACCCAUUGGCGCAAAGUAAGAGAUUGAACCGCAUUGUCGUCGAUGAGUGUCACAUACUUAUCACCUGGGCGUUUUUGUUUAAAAAGGAUUAUAUUGUUGUUUGUAAGAAGGCAUCCUGGCUUCGGAGAAUCUUUCACACCAAUCUAUCCCUCUUGUCUGGAUCUCUCACGGAAGCAAAGCGGAAUUUACUACUAUCGUGGAUAUGGAGCGGCAGUGGUUUAUAUUACUUUACUAUAGAUCGUAUAAUACCGUCCAAUGUUCGAUUUAUAAUUACUCGGUGUGCUGAUCAAGGUGAGGUACUUCAACGAGGCCUAGCUCAAGCGGAACACUAUGUUUCCAAGAGUGGCACUACACCCAUGAAUCAGGGUAAUUUAGAUUGCAAAGGAAUUAUCUUCUGCUUGACAAAGGGUGAGUGUGUCACUAUCUGCAAGUUACUGAAGAGUAAAGGGAUAUCUGCUCUUCCUUUUCACUCGACCACAAACAACACACUAUCCACAAUUGCGAAGGCAGAUGUUGUUGUUGCUACAAGCUCUCUUUCCCACGGUGUUGACCUUCACGACGUGAACUUUGUUGUUGUCUGUGGCUGCUGCUUCUCCAUCAACGAGCUGAUUCAGUAUGGAGGCCGGUGUGGUCGCCGCGGCCAGCCUGCAGACUAUCACUUUAUCUAUAGCAGUACAGACAUGCUGCGGAGUCUUCAUCUCAAGUUGGUAACAGAGCAGGACAAACCGGAGAAGAUAGUUGGCGUUGGUGACAUGAGUAGUCAGCGUAUUCGGGACGACUUGAUAAAGUACACCUCGUUCUUUAGCACAGAAGAAUUCUUUCAGUUGGGCCGAUUCCUUGGGGCUGUAAGUUCUUUAGAUAAGCAGGACGAUAUCAAGAACUCCUUGUCACAGCAUAUGAAGCAGGCUAUGGUCGACUCCGGAGAGGAUGUGUCUCUAAAGCACAAGCAGAUGUUUGUUACUAUAGUCCUUCUGAUUUACUACUUAACAACUGCCUUCAAUAUGUACAAGAACAAGAUAGUAUCACGGCCUCAGACCAAUCCUAGCGUGGAGCCACCCCUAGCUUAUCGGUCAUGUGCGCUUGAGCCUACCUAUCAGGAUUCUAGGUUGACACUCUUAGUCAGGCUAGAUUUUAUUGUGGCCAUACUCACUGGUAACCGUGAUCAUGUUAAGUGCAUCCUCAUACAGUGUUUUUCUAAUGACUACUUAUCUGGGAAGAAGUUUUCGCUUGCAAUACUGGCAAGCGCAUUACUGGAUCAACUAACUGCAUAUAGAAGUUCUUUACUGCAUGAAGGGAGACCAGCAACAAACAAAUCUGAAUAUACAUCCAGGUUUGAAUCCAUUUUAAAUUUCGCAUCAAGUAACCAUCUUCCUAUUCUUAGGCUUCAGUGGCCGGCGUCAGCCAAGAGAGUUAGCCUAGAUGAUGCUGAUGAGGAUGACGGCAUGACUCCUUCUCUUCAAUUAAAGGUAGAUGAGACAGAGUCUGUAGUGGAAAUUCUGCAAAGCUUUGUAAAAAAAGUACUAAAAGUGUGUUGCUGCACUAAUGGCGCAGAGCAGGUAGCGACCGAAAAAGAAAUUAUAGAUACCGUUCUCUAUUUUCUGCAAAUUAAGGGCCUGUAUAUAGAGUCAGCUGCUGAUCCCUGUAGACAUGUAUAUAACGUACGGGUAUCUGCGUCUACAAGCAAUUUCUGCCUUAUUUUAUGGACAAGGACGGCCGAGCUAUUUGUCAAGUACAUGGGCACGUUUGCCUGGAUAUCAAAAGAAUACGAAUAG